GAAACUCUGAGGAGAUUUGUCAGCUACCGUUGCUGCCAGUCAUCGUAGCAAUCAGUAGAAAUCUUUUCAAUUUGUAGACAGUUUGAUGUGGAUAGUGUGAUCAAAAUAUUAAUUAACAAAUAUGGGAGCCGUGCGUGUUAUUAACGACGAUAAUCAUUUUCUCGGAGAGAUGAGCAGCGCUGGAACGAAACUUGUAGUCGUUGAUUUUACCGCGACUUGGUGUGGUCCCUGUCGGAGAAUAGCGCCGAUUUUCGAACAGCUUUCAACGAAGUAUCCAAACGCUGUGUUCCUGAAGGUUGAUGUGGACAAAUGUGCUGAGACUGCUGCGGGACAGGGUGUCAGUGCAAUGCCAACAUUUAUUUUCUAUCGCAAUCGAACGAAACUGGGUUCAUGCCAAGGAGCGGAUCCUACUGGUCUUGAGAAUAAAAUCCAGCAGUACUAUGGUUCGGGUGACAUAGAAGAAUCGGAGGGGCCCAUAGCAGGACAUAUGGAUUUGUCCACAUUUAUUAUGAAGGGCCAGUGCGAAUGCUUGAAUGAAUCAGACGAGCAUCCCUUUAUGCAAUGCCUCUCAUCGGAUAGUGGUUACUUGGAGAGCGACUGUGACGAACAAUUGAUAAUAUCGAUCACGUUUAAGCAGGCCGUUAAAGUUCAUUCGUUGAAAAUAAAAGCACCAGUGGAUCAGGGGCCAAAGAACUUGAAGCUAUUCAUAAAUCAGCCGAGAACAGUUGACUUUGAUAUGGCCGAUUCGUAUACCAGUGUCCAAGACGUCGCGGUAAAUGCGGGGGAUCUUGAAGAAGGGAAUCCAGUUCCUCUACGCUACGUGAAAUUUCAAAAUGUGCAGAAUCUUCAAAUAUUUGUCAAAGACAAUCAAAGCGGUGGCGAAACGACGCGAAUUGAUCACCUGGCGAUUAUUGGCUCGCCGAUUUCUACGACCAAUAUGGGGGAGUUCAGAAGGGUUGCUGGGAAAAAGGGAGAAAGUCAUUAACACGCAGUUUAUCGCUGAUUUCUGACCAUCGCUAGAUCCUACGUUGUCCUCUUAUAAUCAUAGUGAAAUCAUCAUCAGCCGCGUCGAGCGAAUAGAUUGUCUCCAAUUUCACGUGAACCAGGUAGGCAACUCAUGUUCGUACCGACCAUCUUUGUCAUGCAAUAAAGAUCUAAAAGAAUCAUCGGCGUUCUACGUACUAUGUAUUGAUUGAACUUUUUAUAAAACAAUAUAAGAUUUCUAAACAAUA